ACUAUCCUUUUGGACCUUGGGGCAAUGCAAUCCAAGGCAAGGCCCCAAGGGCCCGCUUGCCUAAGGGCAAUCCUUGGGGCAGACUCGGGACAGCCCAAUGCAAAUUUCGUGAACUUUUUUCAUCGAUUGUGGCUAUGCCAGUUUUCCGGAUGAAUCUUUGAAUGGACCGAGUGGACAACAUUCCUCAAAACAGAGCGAUUUGAACAUGUCUUGCCUCGUGAUGCAAUCGCAAAUUUAGAAUGAAAAUCAAAGUGAAUCAUCCUGUUGACUCCUAUUGUCCAGUAGUGAUAGCACCUUGCAAAUUGAUGUACAAUUUUGUCUUUUUCACACUAAAGCCUAUUUGUUAACAGGUCAAGAUGAGCAUAUAUUUAUUAGCCGCCAUUGCUAACUUCAUCACAUAUGGGCCUGCAAGUGGGUCUGAUAUCGAGUGGCUAACUAAACAGAGGAGUCAUGUGCCUGUUUCACUGGGUGACCGCUUGGAGGAGCUGGCACUGCUGGAUCAUCAGAUGGACCCAGAUGGGGCAUCAUUUAACAGCCUCCUGGCACCAAUGCUCAGGCCACGCUAUGUGACUUCAGCAGCCCACACAGAAGUUAGACAGCACAUAGUGAGCACACUGGAGUCCCUGGGCUGGGCCGUGGACGGGAACCGCACGUUCGAGAUGCGGACGCCACGCGGUCCGAUGGACUUCACCAACGUAAUAGCCACGCACGACCCGGCGGCGCCGCGCCGGCUGGUGCUGGCCUGUCACUACGACUCCAUCUUCGGACGGGACACGUUCAUCGGUGCCACUGAUUCGGCCGUGCCCUGUGCCAUGAUGCUCCAUCUGGCUACUUUGAUGACCAAGCGGUAUCUGGACCCAAUCAAGGGCCGCUCGGAGCUGACGCUGCAGCUGCUGUUCCUGGACGGUGAGGAGGCCAUUGUCCACUGGACCGACACCGACUCGAUAUACGGCGCGCGUCACCUGGCCUCUGAGCUGGAGCGAACCGUCUACCAGCGGGCCGGGGACACCGUCAUCACUGAACUGCAGCGCAUGGACCUGUUCGUCCUGCUCGAUCUCUUGGGCACCCAGAGUCCCACCAUCUACAACUACCCGUACUGUGCGGACGCCGAGUUCAGGCAGCUGGCAGCGGUCGAGAGGCGGCUGAAGAAACUGCGCCUCUUGGACGGCGCGCCGCGGAUGUUCAAAGUGAGGAAGUCGUGGAGCUCACCAGUCGGUAUAGAAGACGAUCAUCUGCCGUUUAUGCAUAGAGGAGUGAAGAUCCUGCACGUGAUCCCGGUGCCGUUCCCGGCCGUGUGGCACGAGGACUCGGAUGACGCGUCCGUCAUCCACCGGCCGAGCGUCACCAGCCUGGGCCGCUCCCUGCGCGUCUGGGUGGCCGAGUAUCUGCAGCUGGCAGCGCUGCUCGACGAGGAUACCGCCAAGGACGCUGUCCGCGAAGAGCUGUGAUAAACGCUUUCCAACUGAAACUCCAUGCUGAGUUACAUCAUGGGAGACCGUGCGUCAAAUAUCGCUGAUAAGUCGGUAUGCUGUUUUGCACGGACUGGGUUGGUGGGGUGUGUAUUUUUGUGAUUUUUGUGGUAACGACUAACGGGUGACCUCUUUGGGGAGCACUUUUGAAGUGUUGGUGAUACAGAACUGCGUUUCCAGUAUGUCGCCAUUCUGUCUUUUGUCGUUGAUAUGGCUAGAUGGUUAUGGUGGAAAUAAUGAAGGCAAACCGUUGAUAUUGCAGUUUGUCUGUAAUUUAUUGUUGUCCGUUGCUGUCGUUUUUGGGGAGGGGAUGGGGUUUGGUGCGGGCCCGUAUCCACGUUUUUUUCGCACUCCUUCGAAUUUUUCCAUGUUUGUCAGACUCAAUUGUCUAGAGUGAGAUCAUUGAUCUUCUUUUUACGGUAUGCUACUGCAGCGAUACUGCACUGCCUUAUGUUUGCUGGUGUCCGUGUUCUCCUUCGGGUGAUAUGGUAUUUAUUUAAUGCAAGGAUCUACUUAACAGAUAUGGCAUGUGAGAAGGCAUGUCUUGGGGAUGGGAAGUUGUCUGUGGUCCGUAAAAGAUUCCUGUCAUGCCCCACCGACAGUAACCAGCGUUCAGCAUGGGCAUUGGUGAUGCAUCUCGCUAUUACUGUUUUUGAACUGCUGUGGUGCCUUUACGUCUGUGAUAUUCGCAGAAUUAUGGGACUGAAAUUAUUAGUGUUAUUCCUGGCACAUUACUAAGACACGCAGGUAUUGUUGGAUUUAUAAAGAAAGUACCACUAUUUAAGUGGAUGGUAAUCUCGGUUUUGGUAUCACUAUCAAUGUUUUGCUCCACUUAUAACUGCCUCGUAACCAGUCCGGCAGCUGGGUGUGUCACUGUGCCAGUAUCACUCGCCGCUGCGACACGUGAGUUCGGCCGCUGCCAGCCCGGCCCCCUGGCCGGCUGCCCAGGUACCUCCGUCCAGGGCGGCCGGUUGACGCACGCGUCACCGCGACCGACGCGACCGUGGCACCACGCUGCCAACAGCGCAAUCUGGACAAGGAAUCGUUACGUUUACAAUAAAUAUUUGGCAUA